CCGGCAUACAAAUUCACAGUGAAGAAACUAAAAAAAUAUUGAAGGAGCGACUAUCACGUGCGAGAAAGGUUAUAGAGGAUGCUUAGGUCAGCUAUCACAAAGACGCUUAAAAUCAUUACCGGUAAAUGCGGAUAAAAUAAUAUUCACUAAGUGUAUUUUACAUAAAUUUGUAAAAAGUGAUAAUGAAAAUCAAUUUGUAUCAUCAAUGUCCAAAUAACUACCUAGACACAUAACAAAAAUUUCUAAUCAAGGAAGAGGCGCACCACAAGUAGCAUUCGAAGUGAGGGAAAAUUUCAAACAAUUUUUUAAUUUACCUGCAGGUCAAAUGCAUUGGAACUAAUCAACUUGGUAUUUUUCUUUAUUAUUAAUGGAGUUACCGAGUUCAAUAACUCAAAACAGACCGUUGGUCACGGUGACAGGUCGCACCUUAGAAAACGCAUACUAAAUUUUGUACGUUAACAACGAAAUUGAUAAGUUUUAUCACUUGUUUCUGCGAUUUGUGCUAGCGGUUUCAAAUUUACUAUCGAUAAAAAAAUAAACUUAAUAUUUAUUAAUGUGUAAUAUCUUUAAAUAAUUCGAUAUUUUUUCUUGAACCACUUGAUUCAUCCACUAGAAUUAUGAUUUUAAUUUAAAGUGAUGAUUAUCAACCUAUUGAGAUUAUAAGAUAGGUACUUAAGACACCAACAUGUCAGUGUUCAAUUUUAGUGGGCCAGCAGAGAUAUUGAGAGCCGAACAAAAAGAUGAUGAGUCAUGUGAACGAAUCAAUCGAUACCUGUCUGAAUUCCUGCUCAAGUUCAAAGGACAUAUAUUUAUUAACAAAAACAAACAAUACAUAUUUUGUGCAUCACAAGUCUUGUAUUAUGCGCUUACAACGCUUUCCAAGCUUCAGACAUUAGGGGAAGAAUACACCAAAAUCGUUCAAGUCAGGAAAACUGGAAAACAUGUACCUGGGUUUUUGGAAAGUGCUGGUAUGAUAUUGGUCCAUGUAUUUGGAGACCAACUUAUCAUAUUAGCCUUAGAUCGUUUUAUUAAUUAUAUUCAAGAUAGUCAAUCGAUUACUCUUCAAGCCAAGAAUCAAAUUGUACAUUUUAUGACUACUAUUAAAUCUCUAGUUCCAUUGUUUCAAAGUCUCAAUAAAGUAUUAUUCUACUGGAAUGGUUCUUUUUACACAUGGGCCAAACGAUAUUUCAAUAUAAGAUAUAUUUAUGCAAUCCCAUGGUAUCACCCCAAGCGAUCAAUGCAUGUCUUCAAAAUUCUUAGUGUGUUGACUGCCACUCAUCUGAGUAUACUUAUGUUUAUAACUCUGUUUAAUAGUCGAAAAAUACAAAACAAUGUUGAAGAUCAUUCUAAGAAACCAAUAUUAUCAAGUAGUAGCAAGUGUUGUCUUUGUUUAGAACCGAGGAAGAACACUUCGCUUACAUUUUGUGGACAUCUGUUCUGUUGGUAUUGUAUACACUCAUGGUUACAGACAAAUAGUUUUUGUCCAAUAUGCCGCAAAACAUUAAAUCCUAGAAAAGUCAUACCACUACAAAAUUUUACUUAAGGAUCUGUGAACAAGGUUAAGGUAUUAAAUUAUAACUAUGUAUUAACGUGGAUAGGGAUAAUUGUUUCAAAUAUUGUGAUAUUAUUAGU